CGCCAGAACUAAACGGGUCUGAUUUCCCUCUUUUCCCUAAUUGCCUGAAACUGGAAGCUGCAAGCUAAAACCCUAAACAAACCUUCGAAGGGUGGUCGCAACCGAAAUGGCGAUAUGGUUAUCCAACUCCCUUCGCAGGCUUCGCCUUCGAUCUUCUCCAAUUUCUAUCCUCUCCAUCCUCUCAGCUUCACCCUCAUCUUCUUCCCAUCGCCAAAACCCUAGCUCUGUCGAGAACAUUGAGCAUCUUCCACUUACCACCUUCGGAACUCUAGGCUGCCCAAUUCCGCUUUUUCCGAGUCGGAGAGUGCUCGAUGUACUUUGUUGUUAUAAACUAUCCCUGGCCUCCAUUUCGAGCUCAUCAGGGUCGACAGAGGGCAGUGGAAACCGACGGCCGGAAGGUGGAGGAAAAACGCAGGCUCUCUCCUCGUCUUCUAGCUGGAUUCAUUCCUACCUUCCCGUCUCCGUGCAACCUUAUGCUCUGCUCGCUCGUUUGGAUAAGCCCAUUGGAACUUGGUUGCUCGCCUGGCCUUGCAUGUGGUCUAUUACAAUGGCAGCUUCCCCGGGAGAACUGCCUGAUUUGAAGAUGCUGGCAUUAUUUGGAACUGGUGCUGUGCUUCUUCGUGGUGCUGGUUGCACAAUAAAUGACCUCCUUGAUCGUGACAUUGAUAUCAAGGUGGAACGUACAAAGUGCAGACCUGUUGCCUCUGGUAUAUUGACACCUUUCCAAGGGCUAAGCUUUCUCGGCCUUCAGCUGUUCCUGGGUUUAGGAAUUCUCUUGCAGCUCAAUAAUUAUAGUCGUAUUCUUGGAGCUUCUUCUUUACUUCUGGUUUUCUCAUAUCCUCUCAUGAAGAGAUUUACUUUCUGGCCUCAAGCUUAUCUUGGUUUGACCUUCAACUGGGGUGCUUUACUGGGUUGGUCUGCAGUUAUGGAGGGCUUGGAUCUAGCAAUUGUUCUUCCAUUGUACUGUUCUGGUAUAUGUUGGACACUUGUGUAUGAUACAAUAUACGCACAUCAGGACAAGGAAGAUGAUCUGAAAGUGGGUGUGAAGUCAACUGCAUUGAGAUUUGGAAGUUCAACAAAAUACUGGAUUGCUGGAUUUGGGGCUGCUUGUAUCACUUUCUUAUCUUUAAGUGGAUAUAAUGCGGAGCUUGCAUGGCCGUAUUAUCCAUUUCUAGUUGCUGCGGCUACACAAUUGGGCUGGCAAAUUUUGACUGUAAACAUAUCAAACAGGGAAGACUGUAAUAAAAAAUUUGUUUCCAACAAGUGGUUUGGGGCUCUUGUAUUUAGUGGAAUCCUAUUCGGCCGGCUUGCAUCCUAAAAAGGGUUAGAGAACCAAUCACCACCGGAGAUUCUUUAUGUACAGGUUUGAUCCAACCAUGCCAACCUGCGAUUCCUGGCAGACCUGCGGCAUUUUAGGAUUCUCAGGUUGGGCAUGUGUCGGCAGAUCAAUCCCGUUUAAACAGAAAAAAUGCUCGGGGUGAGAAGGGAUGAAGGGCGAGAUUUAGAUGGGAGACAACUGAUCGACUAGCUAGAGAUUGACCCAUUCGAUGAUCGAUAGACCGAAGAAACGAAUAAUCCGAGAUCGAUCGGUGAACGCCAACGGGCAACUAAAAUAUUAAGGGCAUAAAUGAUAUUUUAGAAGAGGUUAUAGUUUUUUUAUAAAUACAAUAACACUAAAUUUAA